AAGCGAUCGACCGUCGAGAUCGGCACGAGCUACGAGAACCUGUCGCGGGAUGUGCUCUCGUCGCUCUUUCCAGGCAUGACGCUGGACCGCGUGGGUGGCGCACACGAUGGCGGCAUCGACCUGCGGGGCUGGUGGCUCCCCUCGACGGAGCCGAUGCGGAUCCGCGUCAUUGUCCAGUGCAAGGCCGAGAGCAAAAAGAGCGGACCCGUCCAUCUUCGCGAGCUGCACGGCGCCUAUACGGCGCAGCCCCGGGCUGCAGCGGCAGCAGCAGCGGCUGCGGCCGGCGAGGAGGCAGCGGGCACACAGGUGGGCGUGCUCGUGUCCAAGACCGGCUUUUCAAAGCAGGCCACCAUCGUCGCCACGGCAGCGUCGAUUCCCAUGAUUCUCGUCCACCUCUCGGAGCUGGGAGAGCCCGUCUCGAUUCUGUGCAACGAAGCCCUCACCCAGCUCCUCGAC